AUGAAUUACCAAGAAAGCUUAACUCGCCUCAAUAAAGAGAAAGAGAAAUUGGAAAAAUCGGUCGGCACUGAUGAUUAUAAUGAUAGCGAUAAUGCCCAAACCAGAACCGAGAAGCAAAAAUUAAAAUUGGUUAAAGAACUAAUUAAAGGCUAUUCCCAAAGUUUUAAGGGGGUAAUAAAUAGUGAUACCAUCCGAGAAGUAUUUGAUAGUGUUUACGGCUUUGAAAAACAAAAAGAGGAAGUAAGGUCGAUUCUGCUGCUCCAAAAAUAUUUCUCCGCAAAAGGAAUUAAAGACCCUGAAAGUGGAAAAAUUAUGUGUUUUGUAGGUCCGCCCGGAGUCGGUAAAACUCAUUUUUCCCGUGAACUAGCCAAGGCUCUCGGUCGAAAAUUUUUUGCAAUCAAUUUAGGAGGAGUCGGCGAUCCAACCAUUAUUAAUGGUGGAAAAACACAUAUUGUAGGUAGUGAAGAAGGGGGGAUUAUUAAAGCUAUCACUGAAACUGAAAGUCGGGAUCCGGUAAUUUUGCUGGAUGAAGUUGACAAAACCAGUUCAUUUUUUGGUGAUAGCAGCAUUGAAAAUGCUCUUUUGCAUGUCCUAGACCCCGAGCAAAGCAAGCGUUUUAAGGAUGGAUUUUUAGGGGUGGAAAUCGACAUUAGUUCCGUUACUUUUCUCUUGACCGCGAAUGAGAUAACCAAAAUCCCCGAACCGCUUAAAAACCGCUUGGACAUUGUUAAUCUGAAUGAAUACACGAGGGAGGAAAAGUUUAAAAUUGGUAAAUUAAAUCUUAAAAAAGUCUUUGCUGAAAGUUAUCAAGACAUAAAUAAAGAACUUUUUGAAAUUACGGAUGAGGCUCUUUAUACUUUAAUUGACAAAGUGGAGGAACCAGGAGUUCGGCGGUUAGAAAGGAAAAUUAAGGACUUGAUUAGAUGGGCUUUUACUCAAUGGGCUUCAACCUUAGAAAGCGGCGAGGAAGAAGUAAAAAUUAUCAUCGAUAAAGAAAAAGUAAAUGAACUAGUGGAAGACCUAAAAAAGGAGGAACCGGAAGAAGAAAGUGCCGAAGAUAAAUUAAAAAAAGAGAAUGAAGAAUUAGAACAAGAAAAUGACCAUCUCAGAACUGGUAAUUUAGUUCUUUUUAAAUCCUUAAUUAUUAGCAAUAAUACAGGAUUUUGUGAUAAGCAUAAUAAAACUACUUGCCAAAAUUCUGAGGGGACUUGUGUUCUUUGCCAACUUAAAGAACAACAAAAGUGGAUCGAAAAAAGCAAUGAAUUACAAGAGAAAGAAACCGAAGAAGCCAAGGAAUUAGCCAGCGAAAUCAGAGCCAGUGUUGCCAAAAUUAACCAAAAAUUUGACCAAGUUCGUUCUAACCCAACUCGGAGUACUAAUUCUCAACCAAACCAAGGUUUAGGUGCCCCUAUUUCACUCUUGAUAAUCGGAGGAGGAAUAAUUUUAUUUCUAAUUGGAGGCCUAGUAAGAGCCAUUAUAUUAGCAGUUUUGGUAAUUAGUUAUUUAGUCCCAGGUGAAUUUGCCUUUUCAAAAUUGACUACUGAAAUUGAAAAAAGACAAUCGCCAGUAAAGCAACUAAAAACAGCGUUAAGAAGUAUCUCGGAGGAGGAAAUAAAACCUUCUGAUUCAGAAAAAACUAAAUGCGAAAAAACAAUAAUUAGAUUAAACCAAGCAAGUGAGAAUAAUAAACCAAAAUUAUUGGAAAAGAAAUUGCAAAAAAUUUGUGAGCAGAACAGGGAAGACAUCUUUGAAGGUCACUUCCCAACUGUUUGGCUAAAGGAUAUUAAUAAAAUUAAAAAUUCCGAAGUAAAAAAAAAGUUAUUAAAAAUUGUCGAUCCGGAGCAAAAAAAUAAUUUAGGGAAAUAUUAUUUACCAGAAAAAAAAGAAAACGGCAAAACUGAGCAAGUAGAAAAGGUAAUUGAUUUAUCUCCCUUCAACUUGGUGGCUACCACUUCGGUUACCCACCCCAAAUUGUCGAAUGAAUUACUAGCUAAAUUAAAACACAUUGAACCAGUUUUAGAAAAACAUAAGUGA